AUGUCCCGACAACGGAUGCCCCUCUUGUCUUACCUGCUGACGGGAGCAUGCCUGCUGUUUCAGCUCCAGGGCACCCACGCACACGCUGACCCGGGGGCCCUUGUCCCUCGCACAUGGGACGGAAAAUCGUACGGCUGCAAAUGCUAUUUCGGCGACGAAUGCUGGCCCGUCGAAAACAAGUGGGAGGCGCUGAACACAACCGUCGGCGGCAACCUCGCAGUCAUCUGCGCCGACGUGACGGCCAACUACCCGCGCGAGCAGUGGAUCAACGACCAGGAUGCGACGCUCAUGUGGAAGUACUUCACCAACUCGUCGUGCGUGCCGACGACGGAGCCGGCCACGCCGUGCACGCCGGGCUACUACGGCACGUACGUGAUCCGGGCGACCGAGAAGGCGCACAUCAAGGCCGGCGUCGACUUUGCCCGCGACAACAACGUGCGGCUGAUCGUGCGCAACACGGGUCACGACUUCAUGGGCCGCAGCACCGGCUGGGGCGCCCUCGUCAUCAACACCCACAGCUUCCAGGACGUCGAGUUUGUCAAGAAUUGGUCCGGAUCGAGCGGGUACACAGGCAGUGCUGUCACCGUAGGCGCCGGUGUCCAGGGCCGUGCUCUGCUCCGUCAAGCUGUCGCACAAGACCCCCCCGUCACCGUGGUGACCGGCGAGUGUCCGACCGUGGGAAUCGCCGGCGGCUUCGUUCAGGGAGGCGGCCACGGACCGCUGACGACCAUCUUCGGGUUCGCGGCUGACAAUGCCUUGUCGUUUGACGUCAUCACGGCCAACGGCACGUUCGUCACGGCAAACGAGCAGACGAACCCGGAGCUCUUCUGGGGGCUCAAGGGUGGCGGUCCCGGCUCCUACGGCGUCGUCGUGUCGGCGUCCUUCAAGACCUUCGCCGAGCAUCCCUCCGCGGGCGCGACGCUGUACAUCAACUCGACGCUGACGACCGACACGGCGCUGUUCUGGGAGGGCGUGCGAAUAUUCCACAGCCACGCCAAUUACUUCGUCGACAGCGGCCUGUACGUGUACUUCUCGGUUGGGCCCGGGAGCUUGCGUGUGCGGCCCUUUGUUGCCUUCAACCAAACGGCGGCGGAGCUCGAAGCCGUGCUGGCGCCCCUGAGGGCGGAUCUUGACGCGGCGGGCGUGCCGUUUUACAGCGCCCCGGCAGCCCAGUACGCCACCUUUUUUGACCUGUAUCUGGACCUGUUCGAGGAUGAGACGGCGGGCCCUCCGACGCUCACGAGCGGGUGGACGUUUGGCCGGGCUGAUAUUGAUGACAACAAUGACGGCAUCAUCGAAGCCUUCAAGACGGCUCUCAGCCCGCGCGCCGACCUGAUCGAUAAGGGGUACAUGGUCGGCCACCUGUUCGGUGCGGGCCACAACCCCCAGCCCGCCGGCAUCAGCGCCACGAACCCGAGGUUCCGCGAUUCGUCCGACCUCCUUCUCUACCUCCUGCCUAUCCCCACAGACGCGACGCUGGCGCAGAAGGCUGAUAUCCAGGAUCUGCUGACCAACACGGUGGAUCGGGCGAUGAAGGAUGCGGCGCCGAACGGGUGUGCGUACGUCAACGAGGCCGACCCGUACCAGGAAGACUGGCAGAAUCACUUCUGGGGACCGACGGUGUACCCGAGGCUGGAGGACCUGAAGAAGGCCUGGGAUCCAAAUGGCGUCUUCUACGCUCUGUCGACGCCCGGGACGGAGCAGUGGGACGUUAUUGAGUACGGGACUCGGCUGUGCAAGCGGCUCGGCGGAGUCGUCCACGGCGGUACUGCUCAAGUCGCUGGACAACAUGACGAAACUCUUAUCAGCGUGGCUUGGGCGAAAAGCGGCGAAGAGCGCACGGCGCCGAGAUGCUCGCGACCGCCUUGUGGUACUGUUGACCCCGUCGUCCGGUCCGGUACCAUCGUUGUUUUCCGUGAGACUCAUCCGCUGGCUGAAAUGGGGCGCUAUUCGGUUGAAGAGAGGCCGCAGGGUGACAAUGGACGCGCAGAAGAUGCCCAAGUUCGGUUCGAUCACGCCGUACAGUGCGCUUCCAACCUUUUCAACGAGGAAGUCCAUGGCGAUGGUUAUGCCAAGCUGGGCAUAAUACACCUUGGUUCGAUCCAGACAGACGGCGCCCUCGACGCCAAGGUGGAUGCCGGUUAUGGCAAAAGGUCCAGACGGAAGCUUACAGGUACCCAUGAAGCCCGACAUGGCGAGAGAGCAGAGCAUGGCGCAGAUAAUGCAAUAAUCCUCGAUAAACCGUACUUUAACCAGGGCCCUUCGCGUGUAAAUGCGCAGGGCCACUGUGAUGCCAGCGAUGAUGGGCGAGAGGAUGAUGGCGGUGGCUAUCUCGCUGGCGCGAGAUUCGUCGGCAUGACCCAUUGCAACAACACACUGGCAAAGUAA